AACACAGCUCAUCACUGCUCUCCGCGUCGUUCCCUCUGCAGUAGACCCGCCAAGCUUCAGACGAGUUUAGAUUAAGUUUAACAUUUCCAGAAACUACUCAAACUUUAUUAGAUUAACUCAACAAACAUCACAUUCUUUAAAUUUUUUAAAUAAAUAAUCAAGCCUCAAAAACAAUUUUUAUAAAGCGGUCUACUUAAACGUUGUAGGUAUAGGAAGAAGUUGGUUGCCAUUGACAGCGGAUUGCUUGAUUGGAUGUCGUGUACCACUACGAUGUAUGGCUGUGGCAAGUGAUUGUGAGGGAACUACCAAGUGCUUGAGUUUGAUAGGAACAAAAAUAGUGACGCAAAACUUGACACCGGCAGAUUUGUAGUGAACAGUGGAAGAUUAGAAAUUAAAAUGACUUCCCUGGCCACCACGUGCUUGCUGUGUCUGCUCGCCACACUUCCGGUGAUUCCCGGCAACUCUUUCGUCCUGAAAUCGUCCUUGCGGCGCCACCUUUACCUCCCCUCCCUGCUCGAGUGUUUGAACCGGUCCAACCUGGCCCGGGCCACACCAGCAGACGAGAGCAUGUCACCGAGUGAACCCGUUCAAUUAUCCAACGGGCGCACGAAAUCUGGCAAUGCGUUCACAACGUUGAACGACUUGCCGGACGACGCGGGUGAAAAUCUGGCAAACUUGAACUGCGGGACGAUUAUUAAUUAUUUUAUUAAGAACCUACACCUGUUUUUACAGGCAGAAGAACAAAACUCGGAAUCGCUGGCGGAAAGAGAGAGGCAUUUAUACGAUUAUGCUAACCUGCAAAAUAGCGGAGAAGUUGAUGAAGAUGUAAUGGCUGAGGACGGGGUUAAUACAUCCGGAUUAACAAAAUUGAAAGGAUUAACGAAACUAAACCACGCGGAUUUACAAGACGCUUUGCGGAAGCUGAAGUUCGAUUAUCGAGGCAUGGCUCAGGACUUGCGGGAAAAUCCGAUUCAAGACUCGAACCCAGCGGGAUCGUCGUCCAGACCGGUUCACGCCUCGCGCGGAAGUGACGUCAUUGCAGACGACAGCCUGCCGGAAACGUUCGAGACGACGCCGUCGAAACGGGGUUACCGGUCCUGGUUUGACUACGUGCGGCAGGCCGUUCAGAAGCGGAAGAAGCCGUUCAUGUCGUUCACCAACAACUACUCCGUGCUGGAGGACCUGGCUCACAAGGCCGUCCACGACAAGAUCGCCAAAAACCGCGAGAGUAUCCGAUAUUACAUGAACCUGGAAGGGUAGACGUCACGUGUCAACCGACAACUAAACUGAUUCCAUAUUCUAUUUUUGUUUUUAUUUCGAAAAAAAAAAAACAUUAAUAAAAGUGAAUUGUUUAAUUAAAACAAGGACAAAACCGGAAAACAGAAUUUAUGUACCUAUUCUAAAACUGCUAAAAGACUAAUCUGCGAAUGCCACCAUUCCCACUUCCCCCCGCUUUGUUGUUUAAUAGUUUGUCAGUGGAUGUGGCAAAUAAAACAGGAUCUCUACAUUAA